CGGAGCGCAGAGAGCUGGUGCAGUGUCGCUGACGAAGGAUGCAACAGACGGAUAAUGGGAACACGCUCGCCACGCUCUGGCUACAGCACGUCUCACCAGGAAAGAUGUGAUCCAGAGGAAUAUGACUUUGAAGAUGUUUUAGACACCUACUCCCUGCCAGUGGAUGCUACUCCUGCAGCAGCAGCAGCAGCAGCAGCGGCAGUACCUUCCUCAAGCAGUAUUGGUGCUGAAGUGUACCGGCGCCCCGUGUACCGCUCACCUCCCGCCGUCCGCAGAGCUAGACGCCCCGACCAGCCUACCCGACCACCCGACGCACCGGCGGCAGCGACCCAGCAUCAUGACCGCCAGGGCGGCUCCUGCACCUGUGUCCUCCACUCCGCCACGGGGAGCAAGAGUCGCAGCAGGUCACAGGAGCGACGACUACUGGGCAUGGGUGACUUGGGCAGCGUAUUGGUGGGCAGCGUGAGUGGUGCAGGGGGGCGUGGCACAGGCCCGCCCACCCUUGGGGGCCGGCCUGUGGGCGCCACCCCAGGAAAUGGAGGGCAUGUUGGUCGAACUGUAAGUGGCAGUGGUGGCAGCAGUGGUCUGGGUCUUCCCAACCCUGGAGUUGGCGGUGGCCGAUCCAUGACAGUGGGCGGCUCCUCCUCAGCUGCCAACAGCAACUCAACAGGACGCACUGGCAGGCGCGGUGUGCAUCAGCCAGGCUUUCUAAAGACCGUAUCAAUUAUAGACACUCUGAGUGAGUUGGCACAUGGGCCUGAGGUUCGCCGUCUUGCCCAAGAGCCACAGCCACAGCGUCCAUCAUGCCCCCACUCUAGUUCCCGAACAUCAUCAUCUCGCCAGCCAACAGGUGCUACCUCUGCAGGCGGGGGCAGCACUGCUGAUCCUGGCGAGGAUACUUCGGUCCGUCCUCCUGGGCCACCUGUUCUUUCAGCAGAUUUCCAGCAAUACAGUGAAAAGAUCUAUGAUGCAGUGACAUCUCCUGGACCUGACCCAGGUCUGAGAGGAGGCCAGGCAAGUCGAGGACGUUUCCAAGGCCUUGGACAUCGCAGGAGAGAGCGACCCCAGCCGCGUGGUGAAGCCUGUCUUGAUGAUUCUCAGGGGGCCUCUGGAGUCAGCCAUGAGCAAAGGAGAGAAGAUGAAGAAGCCAGCAGGAGAGUGCGGCAAGAACACCGCGGGAGAGAACGGGGCCGAACUCCAGACUGGAUCAAGAGAAUUUUUGACAUUGCAAAGAAAGGAGACCUGCCAUCACUGAAGCGGAGUGUGGCCGACAUGGAGGGCACACUCAUCCGCAACCUGAGUGACCACAGUGGUAACAACUUGCUGCAUGUGAUGGCAGUGUUUGGCCACCUGGCACCCCUGGCCUGGUUGCUCACAUCCCAGCAGGUUCUGGUUGAUGCACUUCAUGAUGAAAACAAGUUUGGUCUCACCCCAUUGGUCUGUGCCAUAAAGUAUGGGCGGCUGCGGCUGGUGCAGUGGCUGGUGGAGAACACUGGUGUGAGGGACAAGGUGAAAUGCAAAGAUGGGGAACGCUCUCUCCUCCACAUCGCUGCCAAGUAUGCACAAGAAGAGGUGGUUGGCUGGGUGGUGGAGUACAUGAUGGCACACCAGGUCCCCCUUGACAACAAAGACCACAAUGGCAACACAGCUCUCCACCUUGCGGCCAGGACAGGCAACUCGGCCGUCUGUUCCAUCCUCCUCCAGCACGGUGCUGAUGUCACCCUCAAGAAUGACAUGGGUCAGAAGGCGUGGGAGGUGAGCGUUAUACGGGGCCACCUUGCCUGUGCUGAAUACCUCUGUGUCCAUGAGUCUGGGCUUGCUCUGGCCACUGAUCUCACGCAGCGGGAGGCUGAACUAGAGGCUGCCAUGGCCGACAACCAUGACCUUAGAGUUAAUUUCAAGGAGGUGCUGGGUGUGGCACGCCGGCUGGUCAAGGAGCGGGAGGAGGUGGUGCGGGAACUGUCUCGCCUGCACGACCACAUGGUGGAGGCUCAUGACACCAUUCUGGCACUGCGAGUCUUAGCUGAGGAGAACAAUGCGCUGAGGGACCGUGUCAAUGGUGUCAGGCAGUCCACUCAUGCAAGGGAGCAGGUGGAAUCAGUCAUUGAGUACGUGAACGGUCUGCAUGAGCGGUGGCAGGUGGCCCAGAAGACCUGGUUUGGGUCUUCCCUGGUAGACAUGGAGCACCGCCUGCUGCUUGUGGAGGAGGCUUGGAAGAAGCUCCGCCACCGCAGUCACCGAACUGUUGCUACCACCCACCACCCCCUCGAUGUGUUCAGGGCAAAGCUGUGUUCAGUGAGGGCCCAGGGUGGGGACUGUCGCCUCGGGGACUUGCCUUCCCUCUGUUCUUCGGAGGAAUCCCUUGUUUCCCUGUUUCCCUUCAGUGAAGAGGAGGACGUGUAUGAAGGUGUAGAGGACUACGGCUGUCAUGGUUCACCUGCUCGAGCUGCCACUCUCACUUCUACUCCUGUCCGCCAUGCUGGCACUUCAGGCAGCGUUGGCGGCAACAUUCAUGUGCGGGCAGAGACCCUGCCGCCACGCCUCGAUGCUCUCUCGCCACGUGUCAGCCGCUCAGACACUCUUCAUGACACCGACUACCUCACACACAGUGAAGCUGCCCUGGCAGAUGACCAAAUUGCUGCUGGUGAGUACAAUCAGCCAAGCACAGUCUCCACAAGGAACACUUCCUCCAAGAGCAAAGAGAGUCCUGCUCGCCCUUACUGGUCUGACACUAGUCUUGGUCCUGGCCUGGGACUGAUCACGGAGCAGCUUGGCAGCGGGUCUCCUGGUGGGGAGCGGCUUGGCCGGGAGGAGGUGAGUGCUCGCUUACGAGAACUGGCUCUCACGUCUGAGAGCGGCUCCUGCUCUGUCCUGGAGGUGAUUGAGCCAUCCACAGAUGAGAGUGACGCUCAGCCUGAAGAAGAACAUGGGCGUUCUGACCUGCAGCCAGGGUCCCUGGGGGCAGUCCCUCCCAGGGCUAGUGAGGAAAGCAGCAGUGGUGAGAUCCAGGGCGUGCGCCCCUCUUCUGACCGACGGCUGAAGCGAUGCCCACGCCCUCGCCACGAAGAGAACGAGAACGGCAGCCGCAGUGGAGGGGAGGUUGCCACAACAUCCAGUGAGAGUGGUGCUGACCAUCCACCACACACACCCCACCACACUUCAUCUUCAGAAAUCAAGCACUUUUUAGUGAGUGAGACAUCCCCGGGUGCCGCUGCGGCGGAUGUCUCAGAUCUUUGUGGACAGCGGCACAUGGGUGACGGGGAGGGCCUGGAGGUGACCACCAAAGACUCGCCUGGAGCUGUCACUUCUGUUUACAAGCGGAAAGGAUUCCUUCACAAGUUCUCCAUCAAGCCACGGUGGCCCUCCAAGCGCAAAGUGAAGACAGUCCGGAAAGUGCCAGAACUCAGCGCUAGGGACUUCCAAGAGACUUACGGCAGUGUGCGGGAGUCAUCCCUCUCCUUGGGUGACACUGAUGCCCACACCACUACUGAAUCCAACACUUCCUCUAGUCAAGAGUACAGCAAUUCAUCUGAGGAGUCAUCCAUUGGCAAGCCCACCACUUCUACCACCACCACCUCCUCCUCCACCAUCACUGCCCGUGCCUCAGACCUUCCCGAGGCAGAGGCAGCACGCCACAGGACGCGGAGUGGUACCUCGGCCACUGACAAGCACCCGGAGACUGUUGUCCCCACCAAUGCAAGCAGUAGUGUGAGCACGGGAGGCACAGGGGGCUCAUCCAGCCCGCCUCUUGUGCCCACCCGCCGGAAGUUGCUGCCGGAGGAGGCACCACCCCCACCAGCACCAUCAUCACCACCUCCAGCACCACCAGAGUCAGAGCUAGAGUGUCUGGAGGAGAGUCUGGCACCAGUCCCAGAGGAGACCACACUAAAGCCUGGAGGGGAAGCACGCAGUCUGGCUGCCUCUGAAGAUUCUGGCAUUGUAGCAAGACCGGCAUCAAGCGCCUCAAAAUCUGAUUCAGUGUCUCGCCCUGAAUCAUCCUCCUCUUCCUUCCAACCUUUCAAGAGUGAGUUUCCCUUACAAAAAGGAUUUUCACUGACUCAAGAUCUGCUUCCCACCCCAGACUCUAGCACAGCUGGCAGGAUGUCACCAGCUCCCAGUGAAGUCAGCAAGACAGAGUCAGCACUGUCCCCUCCCUCUCAUGCAUCAGAUGUGAGCAAGAGUGAGUCGACCCGGCAGCUGAGCCUGGGGAAAGGCAGUGUUGGGGGCAGCAACAGUGUGAGCAGCAAGGAAGGCUCUGCAUCCUCCUCAUCAGACUACUCCUUGACACUGCUGCCACUCAAGAAGCAGAUCAAUGUGAAAACUGCAGCCAUUAUUGACAUCUCAUGUGAGCAGAAAACCAAGAAAGCUGAUGCAAGCCCCAUCCUCAUGUCCUCUACCAGGGGAGACUCGGGUUGCUCUAAGAAGGAGGAAAAACCGUGGUAUGAACUGUCUGAUGAAGAAUCUGACAUUCUGUUGCCGGAUCGCCUCACCACCAAGGUUAUCCCUAGGCAUUCCUCUUCUGAGGAUGAGACUGAGAUCUGCUGACAGAAUCACUGUACUACCUGCAUGUUUUUUCAAGGACUGUAGUGAAUUGCCACUCAUAUCCAAAGUGGCCAUACUGUGUAUAUAUAUAUAUAUAUAUAUAUAUAUAUAUAUAUAUAUAUAUAUAUAUAUAUAUAUAUAUAUAUAUAUAUAUAUAUAUAUAUAUAUAUAUAUAUAUAUAUAUAUAUAUAUAAUAUACACAAUGCUGAUUACUGUUGAAACCAACACCACAGACUGUGCCCACUAGUGGGAGAGUGGAGUGCUCAUGAGAUGGUAUACUGUGUUCUCUCAUGUGUCCAGAUGAGAAUGACAGUGACUGAUUUGGACAUAUACUGCCACAUACUGACAGCCUUUCUUAUAUAGAAAGUUAUAUUAGUUUUUUUUAUUGUAUAUGAUGGUCUGAAAGUAGUGGAGUCAGGUUUCCAAGUGUGUGAUACAGUUGUUUUAGUGAUUGAGAGUUGUGGCACCCCGGUGCACACCAGUACUGCAUGUGCCAAUCAUGUGUUUGCAGUGUCCUUCAGAUUGUGCCAAACAGGAGAGGAUCAGAGUGAUUUGCAGUGUUGUGCUGGACAUGGACACCAGUGGGUGGCAAGCACAUCUGAGUCUCUCCACGUGAAUCCACCAUAGUAGUGUUGCUGCCACUCACUACCUGCAACAUUUGCUCAAUUGGUGUUGCCCCGCGCCACUCUCCUGACACGGUGCUGCUGGCCACCUUGUCAGAAUGAGACGCGAGUUCCUCCACCUUCCAUCUCAUUACCCGUGUGCUGCCCCACACACCACCCUCACACCCAUGCUCCUUGCUCCUUGCUUCCAUGCAUCACCUUCCACACCAGCCCUCACCAGUGCUCCCCAGCCAUAUGCUGCUCCACACACUACCCUCACACCCAUGCUCCUUGCUACUUCCCUCCAUGCAUCAUCUCCCAUACCAGCUAUACAAUUAUUUCCCUUCAUUGUGGAAGCAUUUAAACAGUCUCCUGUGCCUUCCAGUCAUAAACACUUCUCCAUACAGUUCCCAUCUCAUGUCCCAACCCCAUGUCUUCCUUCUUCCUAUGCUCCUCACCCAGCUAUCAUGCCCUCAACACUGACCCCCAGUGUGUUUGUAUCGCCCUUUAGUCAUCAUACAUUAUCACUGCUGCAUAUACUCUCCAAGUAUGUAUCUCCAUCCACCUCCUGCAUUUCUGCCCACAUAUAACAUUACAUUACUCCAAAUUAUGUUUUCCAUGCAUGUAAAAAUCCCCUUAUCAUCUCACACUUGUAUUCUGUGUUCAUGUAUAAUCCCCAACAUUACCCCAAUCUCCUAUAUUCCCUAUCCAUGUAUAGUCCCCCACACUACCCACACCUGUAUUCCUUAUCUAUGUAGAACCCCCUCCACAUUCCUCAUCCAUGUAUAACCCACCAACAUUACUCCAACUUCCUAUGUUUUCAUUACUUCAAGUCACUCAGGGAUGCCCUCACUGGCCCUCCCCCCAACCCGCCCUCUGCCUCGAGCUCCAGGAGGCAGCACUGUGCUCACCUCCUCACAGGAUCACAGACUGUGCUACACAAGCUUGAUUUUGUUCAGUCAGAAAUUCACAGACAAACCAUAAUCAUAUUGGUUUCUUGUUUUGGACUUGCAGUUUAAUCAUUCUAAUGACCAGGAGUACAAGGGCCCCAGAAAUUUAUCGUGGUCUACACAUUUGAGGCGCCGUCCUUGUGUUCUCCUGGUCAGGGAUUUGAUGGAGUGCCCAAGUGGAGCAUGACACAGUAAUGCAGUCAUGGGGUGUUUAUUGCAGUGGCACAGUGUUGGCAGUGAUGAUGCUGUGUGCCAGUGUUGAUACUUUAUGUUAUAACAGUGUCUGCUGCUUCCUCACCAUCCUUGGGUACCACAGCCGACAACUGAUGGACUGUGUUUUUAAAGGAAGAAAAUAAACAAGCAAAGAAGACAGUAACCUGAGAUAUUUCCAUGAAUUUGAAGGUUGUGGUUCUUGGCUGCAAGCUGUGAGUCAUGCACAGCUCAAGGGUUGAAGGCCUUCCUGGUGGGCGGGUGGGGUGGCGGGGCACACCUCCGCUCCACACAGUGUGAAUGACUUAAGUGGUAUUGUACAUAAUAUUAAAUUGUAAUUUAUUUGUAACAUUUGUGCCAUACAUGUGGGACAUUUAUUAUUGUAAUUAAGUGCAAUGGUCAAUAUAUCUACAUAUAUACUAUGCUUUUUUUCACAGUAUACAUAUAGAUACUCGAGUGUUUAAGAACAACUUUUGUUGUGAGCAAAAUGUGUACAUACCAACACUGGCUGGACUGCUGGCCACCUGUACAGCAAGAAGACUUGUUGGAUUGUUGUUUACAUUGUAGCCCUGCAGACUUUGCUCAAGUGAUGGCUGACGCUAUAAAGAUUCCCCUAAAACAAUAACUUUCUUGUGCCUUUCAGAGGCUUGGUGCUAAUUUACCUUUUUAAUGUAUAUUUGUUAGUGAUCCAGUACCAGUGUGCUGCUUUGAAGGGGAAAUUUCCUGUAUCAUAAAUACUUCCAAGCAUUAAGCUACACUGACAUGGGAAAGUUGUUACCCAGCACUUGAGUGUCAACAUUGAAUUAUGAGUUUAGCUUAAGGCUGUUGUCAGACCAAGUUCCUAAGUGUUGGUUGAGUGAAGCUGAAACAGCACGUUGCAAGCAGCUCACAGGUGCCACUGCCAACAGCGAGUCCUGAAGCUGUGGCAGCAGGAGUGCCGUUGUGCUAUGGCUGAGUGGCCUCGCAGGGGUGGAGGCAGAGGCCCGGGCUCACCUCUCCCUCCCUGCCUCCCAAAUCACUCACUCACCGACUGCUUAAGACACGCGGUUGAACACUUUACCAUUUUUAUAUAAGUCUACCUCACGCCCCCACUACCGUGUCGCCAGGAGUCUGUGUUUUGUAGUGUCAUAGCGCGCUAGGGGGAAGCUUGGCUGGCGGCAACUGUCAGGUGGUGGAGAUGCCUGGACCUGAAGUGCCCCACCACAAUCAUUUUGCUGCCUGUGCUACAUGUCACAUUCAGCUCACCUAAAAUCAUUUCUCUCAAUAGUACCAGUAUUAUUAUUGCACAGUAGAGAACCCAUUGCUGCCAGCCAUGCUGCCCAAACAGAUAACAAAUACUCAAUGGAGAAGGCUGAAGAACCAGUGUAUGCUCCUCCUUCUGUUGGUUUCCUCAUGGCUGAAGCAAAUUUAUGAUUAAUGUGUCCAGUGCAUGGUGUUCUCAUUGUUGAACGAUCUUUUUUUAUUUUAAUUUUCUUUUCUUUAAGGAAACAUUGAAGUCUCCAACUCCACCGACUUACGGGUUAAUUUUUCACAUAACUGCAAAUUUGUUUAUAAUAUAAUACUUAGGUAAAUUACAAUAUUGUUAAUUGUUAAAUAAAUAUUGCAUCAUCCCUCAGUACGUGUUGUUGUGCGCUUGGCAGCUCCACCCCACCCACUGGUGUUUCCAGGUGGGGAGGGGAGGCCUUGUCCACUGUCCAGUACAAGUUGACAUGUCCAUUUUCAAGCAUGAAUAAACUAAUAAA